CAUGCAUAUAAAGCAUGUUCUAACAUCUUGGCUUCUGUGGCACUUCGGACUUCGAAAUAAAUGAACGAAAGAGUGAAAAAGGAGAACUUUUCUUCUGGUGAUGAAGUUCAUCUUGAGGAGAUUGUCAAGGAACAUCCAGAGGUAGAGAGCAGAAGAUACGAUGCAGACUAUAUGCAUAAGAAAAACAAUGCCUGGAAAAUGAUACAUGAAGCUUACAAUUCCUCGUGCCCCAGUGGAAACACCCGAUCCCUUGACCAAUUGAAGGGGCUGUGGAACAGAUUGAAGGUCAAGGCUACUCAAGAUCGCGAUCAGCAGCGAAAAAAGGCGAAAAAGACGGGCGGAGGAGAGAAGCCACCUGAAAUGGAUGAGUUGAGCAAUUACAUCAACGAAGUUGUGCUCCCUCCUCAUGCCAAAAGUCCGCUUCACAAUCCGUUUGAUUCGGACAGCGAAGGCAAGCCUCUGGAAGUUCGAACAGAGAAGUUAGUGCCGACAUCAAGAGAAAAUCUUGAUCCGGAACAAAGUCUGCCAAAGGCAAAAAAGAGAAAAGCGGAUUUCUAUGACCAUCUUCUGGAAAUGGCCCAAAAGGAACAUGACAUCAAGAUGCGAAUCUUCCAAAUGAUGGAAUGGAAAUUAAAGCAUGAGUGUGAGCAGAUGUGGAUUGGGUUACUUCCACAGUUGCCGGCUUAG